CUUCGUAACGUCCGAUUCGGAACAGUGGAGGACUUCUUCGGUUUCCUUCUUCGCACGCGGUAGACUUUUUUCUUCUCUUUUUCCCCUUUUCCGAAAAAGAAAAAAAUCUUUAUUAGGAUAAUUGUAGAAAACGGCGAAAACAUUUAAAAAGACAGAUUUUUCCUUUCCCUUGUAUUACGCUAUACUUUUGAAAUUUCAUUGGAUCAUCGAAUGAUAAAAACUGUCCUGCCUCAACUUUGUCAACGACCACCUCAAAUCAUCGUUAGCUGUCAAACUACAUAAUCUUCCAAAUCGGGUCACGAUGCCUAGUCCUGAACAGUCUGGUCCAGAAAAUGCUAAAAGUAAGAAUGGACAUCUACCGGCGAAUGGCGAAACGCCAUCUUCAGUGUGCAUUUCCAAGAGAACCAACACAGAAGUGGACAUAUCCAGUACGUCUUCUGAUGAAAGUUCGGAGAGGGACAGUGGAGAAAGAGGACAAUGGAGUGGAAAAUUAGAUUUCCUCAUCAGCGUCAUCAAUUAUGCGGUUGGAUUGGGGAAUGUGUGGAGAUUUCCCUAUUUGUGCUAUGAGAAUGGUGGAGGCGCUUUCUUGUUCCCUUAUUUGAUAUGCUUGGUUUUACUUGCUGGACCUUCUUUUGUGAUGGAAGUAUCUAUGGGACAGUAUUUAAGUUUAGGAGGCAUUGGAGUUUGGAAUUUAGUUCCUAUUUUCAAAGGUAUUGGAUAUGCAUCGAUGACAAUUGUUGCUUUAUAUAACAUCUACUUUAUCGUAAUUGUGUCGUGGAUCUGCUUUUACUUCGUAUCUUCUUUUUCUUCUCUGCUUCCGUGGCAACAUUGUGACAGUUACUGGAACAGCGAAAAUUGCCAAGACAUCCGUCUUCAAGACAGUAACUUGACCAACGUGAACUUGACGUCCACUAACAGAGAAAGUUCUUCUGUUGUCGAAUUCUGGGAGAGGCGAGUUUUAGGCAUAACGUCCGGUAUUGAAACAUUAGGAGCACUACGUUGGGAACUUGCCCUAUACCUUGUUGCAGCUUGGAUUUUUACAUACUUCAUCAUAUGGAGAGGGCUUCACCAGAGUGGAAAGAUCAUCUACGUAACGGCCCUCUUUCCAUACGUUAUAUUAACCGUGCUUUUGAUUCGUGGAGUAACAUUGGAAGGCGCUAUGGAUGGAAUUCUUUUCUAUAUUACACCUGAAUGGGAAAAACUACGUGAACCAAAAGUUUGGGUGGCUGCAGGAACUCAAGUCUUUUUUACGUUUGGAAUUGGGUUUGGAUCCGUUAUAAAUCUUGGAAGCUACAAUAAAUUUCAUCAUAAUUUUUACAGAGAUUCUAUCAUACUAUGCAUUGUGAAUCCCAUGACCAGUAUUCUCGCAGGAUUUGUAAUAUUUUCAGUGCUUGGUUACAUGGCACACAUUCAAGACAUUCAGGUGUCUGAAGUAGUGAAAUCUGGUCCAGGUCUAGCUUUUUUAACAUACCCAGAAGUUGUUGUUCACUUGCCAUUGUCUCCUGUUUGGGCUUCACUCUUUUUCUUGAUGCUUUUCGUGCUGGGCAUUAACAGUCAGUUUUGUACCGUGGAAGCUCUCGUAUCCAGUCUUGUGGAUGAAUGGCCAAAGCUUUUGCAAAAGAGGAGAAAGGUUUUCUCACUUUGCACAUGCAUGGUCUUGUGUCUCUUGGGCUUGCCAAUGGUGACUCAGGGAGGAAUGUAUAUUUUCCAACUGAUGGAUUCCUUUGCUGCGAGUGGUAUACCUUUACUCUUCACUGUAUUCUUCCAAGCAAUAGCUAUAGGUUGGAUUUAUGGGGUUCGUCAGCUUUCUAAGAACAUUCAAACAAUGGUUGGCUUUCCACCAGGUUGGUACCUGAAGAUCGGUUGGACUGUGUUUAUUCCAUCUGUUACUGCGGGAAUAUUCUUGUUUUCACUCAUCGAAUAUAAGCCCAUUCAGUAUGCUAAAGUGUACAAUUACCCUUGGUGGGGAGAAAUGAUGGGCUGGGGGAUUGCAUUGUCUUCGAUGGUAUGGAUCCCUCUCUACGCUCUUUAUUACAUCUGCACAUCUGAAGGAACGAUAAAGCAAAGGCUUCAAACUGGCAUCACACCAGCACUGGAAAGGAAGGAGAAAGAAAACAAUGACGUACAAAUGAAGGAAACUAACGGCAAGCCCUCACACGUGUAGUAGACGUUUGCAGUUAUGUACUCUUACAAAACUGCUCGUGUUAAUGGGCACAGACUAUAGUGUGAUUACACAGACUUCCAUUUGCCAUUUUUGUAUAUAGUGCUAAAAUGCAUGAGCUUGUUUAAAGGAAUAAGUAACAUUCCUUUACUUAUCUAGACAAACCAUGGAAUUUUAUGGUCCACAAUUCAUUUAUGAAAUCAUAACACAUAACAAUCUUGUAUUUAUCAUCAGUCAUGCUCCGUUAAUGAUACGGGUAUAGAAUACAAAAUUCUAAGCAUUAAUUUGUAUUUAAUGAAUGCUAUUUAUGCACAUAUCUUGUUGAAAAUUUAUGCAACAAUAGCCCUCAGUAAACCAUCACCUCACUGCAACUUGUGACCAAGCUUACAUUUUAAAACAGCUAUGCACUAACGCUUACAAAAAUAGUCUCUUCACUCAUUGGGAUCCCUUCAGAAUUUUUUGAUGCCGUUUUGAAAUAUUCAAUCAGAAUUUCCCCAUCCCUCACUGUUUUUGUGCAAUCAUAGGUUUUAAGUAUCUCAUCUUCAGGAUAUGCUUCUAAAUCAUAUAAUGUAAAAAAAAAAAAAACAAAAUUCAAUAAAAUUCUUGUCAUGAAUACAAGAAAUGUGUUUGUUGACAGAUGGUCAGGUUUGCUGUUGCUGCAAUGGGGACAUGGUAGACAGUCUCAUUGGCACAAAUUUUCGUGACGUAUGCUACCUAAAUUGAAUUAUUUUCUACACUACUUGAGUUCAGACACAAGAUUUAUAGAUUUUUACUCAGGAAAAUAAUUUAGUAUACUAGAACAGUAUUGAUUCUGUAAUGGAUGUGUUUGUAUUCUAACAUUGAACAGGUUAGGGGAGGGUUGGUAAUAACUCUUCCAGAGCUUCUUCUAUUACAUAACAGAAAAAUUUUGCCCUUGAUACAACUAGCAUAAGUAAAAAUGAAGGAAACAUAUGAAGAUUUGUAAGUCCUAUUAGGUAAGACUUAGCACAACACAUACUGUGGAACAAUUACUUUUGAAAUAAAAAGAAGUCUUGCCAAAAAUGAAAUGAACUGAAUGGCUAACUGCUUGGGUUUUGUAUAGUUUUGUUGUCUCCUGUGUGCAGGGUUGCUAUUUUAUCCACUUUUUUGUAAAAAGUCCGGGACGCCGGAAGAAAUUGGACAAACUGGAUGAAAUGAAAAAUCAACUGAUUAUCCACACAUAAAUUUAUUGUUAUGGUGUAAUAAAAUUAGUAAAUAAUUCAAAAACAUUAUGCAUUAUGAAUUAAUCAUUUAAUUAAAAUAUAAUGAUUGUUAACUUUAGAAUUUAAUAAAUCAAAAAAAAAAAAAAUUACACAUAGGUGCAACUAAUUUUCGAUAGUAAUUUACUUAAAAGUAAUAAAAUUUAACAAUGUGAAUAAGCUAUUGGGCAUGAUUACACUAUUAUACAGUGGCUCCCGAAAGUGUUCGUACACUUUGAAAUUUUUUAGUAAAACCAAAAUAACGAGAAACUGAAUCCGAAUAUGAAGUCCGAUAUUUUUCACAUUAUUCCUAUGUCAUUCUAAAUGAAACCCUGUAUUUUUUUCAAAAUAUCGACGGAUCUUCUUUUUGAAAUGGGUCAAUAAAUGGGUUUAAAAAGGCUGGUAUUCGUAAAAAACCAAACACCAUUCGAAAUUUGAAUCUUUUCCUCACAGUAGAGGUAAAUUUGUUUGAAAUGUCUCAAAUUAGUUAAUCUAUUCCAUUCUAUAGUAAAGUGUUUGAUAAAAUGCUUUAAAGAAAAUAAUCGGACCAAAAACAGGGUAAGAAAAGGUCAAUCGGCAAAUCGUGAUCGGAGAUUUACAGUUAAAAAACUAAUGAAAAAUACACAUUUGAGAGCAGUAAAAGUUUCUGCAGAGUUAAAUGAAAAUUUUUGCAUUUAAUUUUCAUUUUAUAUUUUUCGCCAAGUUCUCUGAUAAGCUGGAUUAAAUGGGACCUCUUUCCGCAGAAAUUUUCUUGGCCGUGCGAAAAACAGAAAGCUUACGCUUUUCGUCGCAAAAUCAAUGAUAAAUACGCUCAAAACGUUUUGGAAUUACGCCUUACUUACAGAUAAAAGUGAAUUCAACAUUUUUGGUUAAAUUGUUGAAUAAUUGUAAAUAGAAGGAAAAAUUAGGAACUUGAUCUUAAGAACUUAGUUGGAUAAGUUAAUCAAGACGGUGAAGGUGUUCUUGUGAGAAGGUGCAUAUCUGCAUCAGGGAUUGGUAGUUGGAAUGUUUUGAUGAAAUAAUGAAUCAUGCUGUUCAUUUAAAUAUUUUAAAAACCAAUUUUAAACUCUUAGCCAAAAAUUUGGUUAUCAGAAACAACUUUGUUUUUCAUCAAAGUAACGAUAAGAAGCACACGGUUUUCAAAGUUUGCAUCUAGUGUUUCAGAAAUUGUUCUAAAAGUUUAGAAACUAUCCCUUCAAUCUUCAGAUUUGAACUUAAUGCUAUAUAAUUAGAGAUAUCUGGAAAAUAGAUUACGAAAAUACGGCUUUGAAACGAAAAUAGAGCUAGAAACAAUAACUCUCAAAGUGUGGUUGAACACUUACUCAGAAAUUACGCAAAAAAAAAAAAAAAAAAAAAAGAAAAGAAAGAAAGAAAGAAAAAAAAAAGAAUAAAAUGUAUUCCCAGACAUUUAAAAGGUGUUGCUGAUACUGCAUGAUAUUCUACUAAAUAAUAACUUAAUAAAAAGUUAGAUUAUUCAAUAAUAUAUAGACAUUUUUUAAAAUGUACCAAGACUUGCGAGAUAAAAUUUCCGGCACUUUGUGGUUUUUGAUUUUUAAAAAAUUAAGUGUUAAUAUUUUUAAAAAAAAUUUCAUGUAGUUUUGUUGAUUAUAAAUCUUAUAAUUAAAUACCUAUUCCAAAAUAUUAAUUCGAACCAUUGAAUAGGGUGCUAUUUCAUUGAAAGACGUAGGUGCACAAACACUUUUGGGAGCCACUGUAUAUUACAAUAGUAGAAAUUAAAUUUAAUGGAAAAGUCAAAAGAAAUACUUGGAGACACACAUACAAAACGAAGAUUUAAAGACUAAAAACAUUUAACCGUUUUAUUUUUCGAGUUUUUAUUGAUGUCACACCAUAGUAAAAUAUUUAUGUGCUCUGCAUUUUUUUAUGGAUAUGUUAAUGUCAUACAAAUUACUACUUUUGUAGGGUUGUGGGUACUUAGAACAGUGUACCAGAAGAGGCUGUAAUGAGCAAGGCGGUAGGUAGCUUUAAAAUGGCCAUUAACCUUCGUUGGGGCUAAUAAAUUGACUAGGAACAGCCUAGCUGGGUUCAUAGUCUUUUGCUGAUCAGCAUAUUUGUAUUUGUAUUACAAAAAUAGAUUUUACUUCAUGUCAACAUUUCCUUUAUUAAUAUCAAGUUGUUUUCUUUCUUUCUUUUUUUAAACAAUGAUUUUAAUGUUUUGGGAGACUCGAACCUUUAAAACUUUUCAUUUCUUAGUUUUAAUUUUAUAAAUGCAUUUAUUAUGGGCAAUAAACCGCCACAUCACAGAUAAACAUCUUAAAAUGCAGAGCUGAUGUAUUUGUUUCUAUAAAUGCUAUUACAUGCAUUAUGACUUAUUAACACGCAUUUGAUUUAUAUACACAUUUACUUAAACUUCAACUGAUCUUAAUGUUUUCAUAUUGACUUUAAAAUAUUUUUCAAUCAAUUUUUAAUAUACAUAUUUAUGUAUGCUUUUUUUACAUUAAAAUAGUACUUGAAUAGGAAGAAUCUAUAUAAUUAUUUAUUAUUUUCAAACUUCAAAUUUUUCACUAAAAACUUUCAGUUUACCGAAAAAGUGGACAAAAUGACAUUUUGUCUGGGACGGUUUUUUGCGGGGUGGACAAAACAGGACAACCCUGCCUGUGUGAAUGGGACAGCAAUGGCAAGAAGAAUUGAAAAAACGAACGGUCCGAUCAUUCCACUGGCGCUUCAAAUUGAAUUAACCCUUUUCAAAACUUCCUGAAGACAAUUGAUAAUAAAUACUGUUACUGGAUUUCAAUUCUUUAAACCAGAAUUUCCAUGUAUCAGUGACAUAAAACUUGAAGACAUAUUUGCAGGGCCUCCUCCGGCGCAAGUGACCACAUGCUUGCCCAGUUAUUGCUGGGUAUUAAAGAUAUAUGAACAAUUGCUAAGUUUUUGAUAUUUUUCUUUUAAUAUUUAUCAUGCAAGUGAAUAUGCACAUUUCUCUCAAACUUCAGCUACAUGACGCAGAAAAUCUGAGGGUGAUGGAGGGGAAAAAAAACUGCUUAUAUUAACAAUUCAGCAGAUCACUAUACAAAGAGCAGGUUUUGUAGACUAGUAUAAUUAAACAGUACAAAUGUUAAGACUAUGUUCUUUCCACAAAUUGUGCGUUUAAUUGCAAUUAUUUUUAAAUUAUGACAACAAUAUUGUCCCCCCCCCUCUCCCAACAUGGAAUAUUGGUUUCUAAUGCUAGGUAUGGACUGAGUGGCUAUGGAUGUUUCAACUUCACUACGUUCAACAAGCAAAAAAAAAAAAAAAAUGUACAUAGUUGACUGUAAUAUUGUGCACCCGUUAAAAUGAGACAAUUUCAUACAGAAUUUAUAAAAUCAGGAACAUUUUGGCUUUAGGCCUUUUUUAAAUUCUGGUAUGAAAGGAAUUUUCAAAGCACUUCGAAUGUCUCUGAAUUUGCUGAAAAAUUCAGCAAAAAUUUCAACUAACAUGAUGGGAUAUAUUUCGAAAAUGAAAAUUUUUUUUCUCAUUAUUCGUUUCAUUUUUACUUUAAAAUGCAAUACCUACUUAUUAAAAAUUCAUUUUCAUAUGAAUGAAAUUGUUUGAAGUGCUGUCUUUGUAUAUUGUAUAAAUAUUGCUAGAUGUAAAUAAAGUUUGGUUUUUACGAAAUGGUG